AGCUUUAGGUACUAGCUCGAUCGGCCGCCGGCCGGCCGGUCGACGUCGGCGCGCACACUGUCGUCCAUCUCCAUAAAUCCUCCUGCACGUACGGCGCUACGGCCGGCCAUGAGACGACCUCACGCCGCCGCCGCUACCGCUCUCGCUGCCCUCCUCCUCCUCCUGUGCCUCGCCGUGCUCACAGCCGCGUUGAUCCACGGGAACGGCGGCGGCCUGGCGGGGACGAGGCCGGCGAGGUGGCCCGCCGCCGUCCCGAGGAAGAUGCUGCUCGCCAUGACAAGCUUCGACGCUGCCUCGUCCUCGUCAGCUGCUGGUCACAACCACCGCUAUCUUCUUCACCACCACCACCACCACCAUCUUCAUCAUCAACACCACCACCACCACCACCACCACGCGGACCGGCGAUGGAACCGGCACGGGACUCUUCCACCGUCAGCAGCUGGCGGCGAGGGUGACGAGGCGAUGAUCGAUCCGCGGUACGGCGUGCAGAAGAGGCUGGUGCCUUCGGGCCCCAACCCCUUGCAUCACUGAGAGUACGUGAGAGAGAUCGAGGCCCCGUUGCCACCGCAUGCGCACGCGCGCGCGACGCGAGCAGCACACCUGCAUGCUUGCAUCCUGCAUCUUCAAUUCUCAUGGCGGCCGCUAUGCACAGUCUGGUUCAGUUUCCAUGGUGUGGUGAGUACUCGCCGCGGCACACCAUCAUGCAUGGAUCUUGCCGUGUUUGUAGAUCCAUCGUCGAGUUCGAUCGACGAGUAAUCGAUCGAGUCAAGUACAUACAUAUAUAUACCUAUAUAUUCUUUGGA